AUGACACUGGCGAACUAUUUCCUUUUCGUUUCGAUAUUUCUUGAUAUCUGCAGUUUGAAAUUAGCUGCAGACUGUCAGAGAGGAUGCGAACAAAGCAGAGGAAGUAUUGGUAAAACGGGAAUGAAAAAUCUGGCUAUGCAAGGACACAGCUUUAGAAAUUACACGCUGUCGAAACCGUAUGACUGUCAUGUAAAAUGCUUUGAGGAGAAAUGUAAAUGCCAAGCGUACCAAAUAAGGGAAAAUCGAUGCGAGUUGCUUGAUGAAGACAGAUUUUCUGCUCCUGAAGACUUUCUCAAGGAAAAGGGAUACACGUAUUAUGAUAUGAAUAGAGAAUACGUCAAUCAGGUAACCAGUAAAAUCUAAUGUCGAAUGUCUCCGGCUUUGCCAAAGAUUAGACUACGAGUAGUCCCCCAUUUUUCCUCAGAGAUAGUAGAGCGUGCUAAACGCGAGCACGCGUGAAAAUCACCCCACGCGAGAAAAGGUGACACGCGGCGGGGAGAGAGAAAAAUGAGGGACUACAGACAAAGCCCAAGCUUUUGAACUAAUGCGUUGCUCUCACAACGUAAAACUCUGAUUGGCUCUUCCAUGGAAAUCUGUCAACAUCUGUCAAAAACGUGCCAGCCGCUAUCAACACUCGACAUAAUCACAAUUUACAGAACAAAUAACUAGAGCAGAACAAAUAACAGCACAGAACAAUUAAAUAGAGUUGCUCUUGUAGAAGCAACUAAGCAGAGAGCCAACCCGGCAACUGAUGAGGUUCGCGUGGGGAACCGAAACCAUGGUCUUGCCUGAUCACGAAGUGAGAAUAACAGAACAGUUGCAAGGCUGUUAAGCUAAUUCAAAAGUUAUCACCAAGGGAGGAACUGCGUGCUCCAGUCCAAAGACUCACAUUAUCUCCAGAAAAACAAGCGGCAGCAAGCGACUGAGUCACAUCGCAAUUCUCUACAGUUAAUGUAGUUUUAGUUUAAGCUGCAAUCCAUUCUUUGAGAUUUGGAUAUCACUACCGUCCUGCUAAAAACGCUAACGAGCUGGGCCCAGCGUGACAAAACAUUGCAGAAAACCGUCUUAUUCACGGCCAAAAAGAAAAUCGCUUAAAAUUAUUCAGAUCCAGGAGGCAAUCGCCGGAGAAAUUAAACAACCCAAAACCCUUAUUUAGCAGCAUUGAAGAACUUUACUUUUCAAAAGAAGUCAAAGAAAAUGCUCUUGUAUCAGAGGGCAAAUCAUGCCGACCAUAAACAAAAACCCCAGAAAAUUGAUAUGCGUGUCACGACCUCUCUGUGUGAAAUAAGCGGCAAAAAUCACAUUUCCUCAGUCAAAACGUUUUCCUCCAGAGCAGAAUCUACCUGUCAGAGAAAAAAAAAUUCAUUGGAACAAGCAGCGUUUUGGCAUGAGUCAAAGUCGUGUGUUGCCUACACUAUCAAGUUCUUCUCGCGAAACAGCCAUGAAGAAAAUUAGUAUCUGGGUUUUCUUUUGCUUGCAAUAAAUUUUCCCCGCAGUUUACCGAUGACAAGAGCAAUGACAGCUCAAUAUAAAAGGAAGAAAUCCCAUUGGAUGUGCUUAAUUGAUUUGGAAGGGGAUACGAACUUCACACUCCAAAAUCAGUCGGCCGUGAAGGGUCAAAAGCUUGGGCUUUGUCUGUAGUCCCUCAUUUUUCUCUCUCCCCGCUGCGUGUCGCCUUUUCUCGCGUGGGGUGAUUUUCACGCGCGCUCGCGUUUUGCAUGCUCUACUAUCCCUAAGGAAAAAUGGGGGACUACUCGUAGUCUACCAAAGAUAGGCAUUGAUUGCUUUUGAGAUUUUAAGGUACACACAUGCGUACGAGGUUCCAGAACACCCUUUCACAAAAUUCCUGGCGUGAGAUUGUAAGUUAGUAUUUUAGGAUCUUUUUGAUAUUUUUUUUUCAUCGAAAUAUUAGUCUAUGAUAGAGGAAUGUAUGUUGGUCAUAUCAUGACUGCCGCUUAAAAGCUAGCUAAGCGUGUGUCCACUAAUUUUAGAAAGUCGAUAAUGGCGUGAGCUUGUAAAUUAGUGUUUUAGUCUUUUUGGGUUCGAGUAACGAGAACGCAACCACUAAUUUGUGCUGGGUGUUCUGUGCAUUAUCAAGUGCCCUCUGCAAUUAAUAAGGGAGGUUUCUUCGAGAUUGCGUUUGUCGUAGUCGUCGACACUCAUUUGCCUCGCUUUGAGGCGCUUGCUUACGUCUUGCCUCACUUUGACGAACUAACUCACGUGGUGAUUCGUGCGUUCUUCUUUUAUUCUGUCUUCGUAAAGCGUUCAUCUUUCAAAAGUUUGCUGAAUCUUCGUAAAGCGUGCAUAUUUCAAGAGUUUGCUGAAUCUUUCAAAACGUUUAUCUUUCAAAAGUUUCGGCGGUCGUUUGUGCCACAAAGUAAAUCUGCCGAGUUGUGUAGCUCGGCGGCCGUUGGGCUGCAAAGUAAAUCUCCCGGGAUGUGAAGCUCGGCGGCGCCAUUUCAUCAUGACUUGUGAUAUUUUCGGCACCGGACAAACGAACAUUUUAGGCCUAUGUUAUUUAUUCCGAAAAACUUAUAAACAGCCCACAGUAGCUCCACUCAAGUCACUGAAAUCAACAUACUCGACCAAGCUUCUGCACUUAUUGAGACGGACCAUACGAUAUCACUAGCCUUCAAGGUUUUUUCAUAAUGAUACACAGUUUAAAUAUAGGUUUCGCUGUAAACAAUCCUUAGGUUUAAAAUAUGGUAUAAUCAAAUUAAAGCCCGGUUUCCACAUGAUCGCUACCAUCGCUGUGAUCGCUGCGAUCGCUAAGAAAAAAAACUUCAGCGAUCGCAGCGAUCAGUUCCGAUUACUCCAAGUAAUAUUUUUAUUUAAAUUUUAGUCUAUGAUAGUGGAAUGUAAAUUAGUCAUAUGUUAAUAAAGAUUUUUAUUAUAAGAUAGACAGAUUAUACUUAAUCAGAGGACUAUAAUGAUUGCAUUUCGGCUUUAUUCAUUAUUACCUCGUCAUGUUAAUAAAACAGGUUCCAAUCUUUAGAUAGAAAUGCACUAUUUUGGAAGGUUGAAGUUUUGAAAAGGAGGUUAAAAUGCUUUUCAGUUUUUCAAAUCUCGUGUUGCUUUUUAAGGAUGUGGUACUUUAAAAUCUUGUUCCUUAAUGUUCAGUACCCUCUUUUCUUGAGGGACCCUUUUAUGUCCCUCUUGAAAUUAAGAACUUUUGGGUACACUUCCCCUCAUGGUGCAGGUUGUUCGAAUCCUAAAAAUAAUGGAUGGAUGAACAAUAUCUGUAACUCACAGAGGUUUCUUGUUCGUGCAAAACAAUGUGGAGGAAAAAAUAGCUUUCUGGAUUUUUCUUGUGCUUAACUCUCUGGGCGCCGAGCUCUUUACAAAAAUAUUCCCAAAUUAAUGACAGUUUAUAAAGCAAGGUAGUCGAUUCAACAGGGUAUAUAUUUCGGCAUUUGCAUGACGUUGGGCAAACCUAAAAGCGAAGCUUUCAUCAAAAUUCAUAAGAAGGAAAUAUCUUUUAAAGCACAUUGUAAAAAAGAGAGGGUCUUGCAAAUAAUAAAUAGAGGAUAUUACAUGGUGGCCAGAAGAUAGGAAUUUUAUUUUCGAGUGGCAAAACAAUAUUUUACGAACGAGCGCAGCGAGUGAGUAAAAUAUUGCUUUUGCCACGAGAAAAUAAAAUUCAUAUCUUCAAGCCGCCGUGUAAUGUUCUUUUUAUUAUAUAGACAAAAACACAUCGAUAAAAUAAUAGAGGGAAAUGACAGAAAUUACGUCAACGAUAAACUUACGUGUGAGAUUAUGGAAAAUAAACCACUCGGGUCCCGGAUGUAGUUUUUGUGAAUUUCACGAGUGGUAUAUUUUCCAGUAAAACACUCGUGUCUAUAUAAUAAUAUAUAAAGAUUAUUCCUACAUGCACUUUUAACAUACUCUCCCGUUGUACGAUAGACAUUUGUGAACAAGGCUGAAAAAGAGAAACCAUGCAUCAACCAGUGCUGUGAUCAGAUUCCAUGCGUCCAUGGAGGCACCUGUACUGAGUCAUGUGAAGACGCUAAAAAUAAGUUCAACUGUACAUGCGCAGUGGGAUAUUACGGCAGAUUUUGUCAGAAAAGAAGAGCAACGUCUUGCAAAGAGCAACUACGGAAAAACAAAGGCAGCAAGUCCGGAGUGUAUAAACUGUUUGACCCAACGCAUAUGACCGUAUACGAAGUCUUCUGUGAUGCUGUCUCUGAAAAAGGGUUCAUUUGGACUUUGAUCGAAUCUUUCAGCCUUCGUAACAAUCAUGAAUUUAAGGACAAAGCAUUUUACAAAGACUAUCCAAAAAAUCAGGAAGCUUUUACAUGGGGCAAGUUUCGUCUAUCUUUGCCACGUAUGACAGCCACAGCAAACCGUUCAACGCACUUGCGAGCAACGUGCAACUUUAACACUGAAGAACUUAAAUACAGAGAUUACUUAAGGGCCAAGUUGAAUGAUAUCGACGUUAUGCGCUUGAAUUUUGACGGAUGUAAAAAAUACGAAUUUAUUAGCAUCCGAGGAUAUAACUGUAGCAACUGUACGGCUCAGUUCGUCCAAAGAGAUAAUUGGCAUGCGCAUACUGAUUCGUUUUGGGGUCCAGAGAUGGGGUGUCAGUUUACAAGCCAAUCCACAGGUGCAGUGAAUGCACGCAGAGGGGAGGAUAACUUCGGAUGGUAUGAAACAGUCAAUCGGGUUCACAGAUGUACAUCUAGUGAUGAUUCAACAACACAGUGGUGGCUUGGAGUUCGGCGUCACUAG